UUUAUUUAGUGCAGAGCUAAGGAUUGGUUGAUCUCACUUUGACCACCACCAUCUCUAUUGCUAAUACUGUUUCUCGUUCUUAAUUGUAAGAAAACUAGGGUUUCAGACUUUCAGUACUGGUCUCAUUUUGAUAAUUUGGUAGCGCGGAAAACAGAUAGUUUGAUAAUGGCUGAGGUUGUGGUGAGGAUGGAAGAGGUCGUGGAUGUGGAGAUGGAUCCGGAGGUGGAGAAGAUGAAGAGGAUGGAGGAGGAGAAGAGAGCUUCAUCAGACGUGGUUAGGUGGGAAAGGUUUCUUCCGGGAAUGGUGCUCAGAGUUCUGCUUGUUGAGGCUGAUGAUUCCACGCGCCAUAUUAUAUCGGCUCUUCUUCGGAAGUGCAACUACAGAGUGUCAGCAGUUCCUGAUGGGUUAACGGCAUGGGAGACAUUGAGGGGUGGAGCACAUAACAUAGACCUUAUAUUAACUGAAGUGGAGUUGCCAUCAAUCUCCGGAUUUGCACUUUUGACAUUGGUCAUGGAGCAUGACAUUUGCAAAAAUAUCCCAGUCAUAAUGAUGUCUUCUAAUGACUCAAUUAGCAUGGUAUUGAAGUGCAUGUUAAAGGGGGCAGCCGACUUUCUCAUCAAGCCUGUUAGGAGGAACGAGUUGAGAAACCUUUGGCAACAUGUUUGGAGAAGGCAUGCUCCUAAAGUUGAAGCCUCUUCUGAGAACAAUGCGGCAAGCAGCCAUUCAAGUGAUUAUGCAGACUCUACUUACAAAGAUAAGGAAUGCUAUGAGAAAGAGAGUUUUUCCGAAGAUCUUUUGGAGGGGAAGGUUAGAAGUGCUUCAAAUUUAAGCAAUACAAACAAAGAAAAGCGUGGAGAGAGUACUGAAUUAGAUGAAGAAUCAGUUGCGCCUAAUCCAGAAACUGAAGAAAGACAAAAUAAAUUGGGAUUAGAGAUUGGAUAUCAAGAUGAAACUCACAGCGUAACAGCAACGCGACUCGAUGAAGCCCAUGGCAGUCUGAAAGCAGUGAUUCAGGCAAUAGAUGUUGGACUGGAGAGCCACAGAGGAAAUUUGAAUACUCAUAGUGAGGUCAAUUGCUGCAAUGACGAUAUAGUUGAAACUUCCAGUGGAGCCAUUGACUUGAUUGGCACAUUUGAUGAUCGCAAGAAGUGCAAGUAUGAACAAUUCAAUAAUGAUGAUGACAUUAACGGGAUUGAAACAGCCCCACACUUGGAACUUUCUUUGAGAAGAUUUUGUCCCACCAGCUCAAAGGAGGGCCCCAGUGAAAGGCAUAUACUGAAUCAUUCUGUUGCCUCAGCCUUUUCACGGUAUAAUCAUGGCAAGGCAUGGCAACCUCUUUUUCCAGCAUCAACUACUAAUUUUAAUGGGUUGAGGGAGGGCGCAAAACUAUCCCAUGAACUGUUGUCCGAUGAACUGCCUGACAAUACCAGAGGCGAUUCUCAACAGCAUGGUGCAAUUUCUACUUGCAGUCAGGAGAACUUAACUACCCACUUUGUAGGUGGACAAGCUGAACAAGCAUUUCCAAUUUCCAUCCCCACCGCAAGUUAUGACACAUGUGCAAGAAAUAAUCAUGUUCUUACGCACAUGUACAAUAAAGAAUCAGGAUUGCCCUCUGUUUGGACAUCGAAGGUGCCCUGUCAGCAAGAACAGUCUUGCUUUCCUACUAGUACCUCUGUUUCAGUUCAUAGCUCGGAACAAGUUUGUCACCGUUCUGAUGAAACUGCCAAUAAUUCUUCUGACCAAACUAUGCAUGAGCAGAACAAAAUGGACGUCAUGGAAGGGCCUGGGUUUGGCUCUUCUGCUGCUUUUCCAAGUGGUACUAGUAGUUUGUGCAAUAAUGGUGUCAUUGAUCAUGACGAUGAUGGUGCAUAUGGAAGCAGUUUCAAAAGAAGUGAUGGAAAGUGCAAUUUUCCUGUCAUCCAAGACAGAUUUUUGGGGAUGGAUUCUCAUCGCCUUAGCCUAAGAGAAGCUGCUUUAACAAAGUUCCGACUGAAGAGGAAAGAGAGAUGCUAUGAGAAAAAGGUUCGUUAUCAAAGCCGGAAAAGGCUUGCAGAGCAGCGUCCCCGAGUAAAAGGACAGUUUGUUCGUCAACUGCAGAAUGACACUGCAAUAGCUUAUGCUGAUGGUUGUCCCUCGUAUUCAGUAGUGCCAACUCCAAACUCUUGAAAAGAAUAUGAGAACACUAUGGAAGAUUUUUGCUAGCUUCUUUUUGGUGCUGGUAUGGAUUAGAAUUAAGAGUAUCCCUGUAAAUUAUAACCUUGGUGGUCUUGAAGGUUUUACCACUUUGGCUUGUUUUUCUUGUUCUGAUCAGAUUUGUAGAUUGUUACUGGGUAGGCAUCUCUAUAUGUAUGUAUAACUAUAAUGCUGUUGAUAGAGAUUAUACUAUGGAUUCGUCAUUGAAGUUCCUGUAACGAUUGUUUACUACCAUAUGUAUAGAGAUUAUACUAGCAUGUGUAUAUUUCCAUAGAUUAUUAUA